GAACCAAAAAAAUUUUUAUGAAUGAAACCAAAACAAAAUAAAAUCGUUUUGCUAUUUUUUAAUAAAUUAUUUAAAAACAAAAAAACAUGUCUUACACUAUUAUUUUUUGAAAAGAAAAAUUUCUUGUGUUCCCAGACUCCUCAUCGCAUCUAUUGGAUCUAAACAAAUUAUAGUUCUUGCAUUGCUUUGAAAUAAUUUUAAAUGGACGGGUCUCCAGUUGAACAUAGUGGCAGCGAUUCGGAUUCGGGCGAAAGUUGGACAAUACUGGAGGCUUCUCCAGCGUAUGCUGAUGAAUUACCCGAAUUACCAGAAAACGCUCCAGUUCCAGAAGGUGUACCACGUAACAGGGAUACUAUUGAAAUAAGCUGUGAGAAAGACGAAGAUACUGAUGGGAUAUCUAUUAUUAGUGACAGUGAUCCAGAAUCAUCACUUCCCUGUGAAUUGAAUUGUCAGAAAUGUCUUUUAGAAGAGAAUCAUCCGACAGAUCAACAAAAUGCUCAGUAUUUUUCGAUAAACCCAUUACCUUCCGAUAAUGCUCAUCAUGAAUCUAUAAAGGAUGAGGAAGAUUUUCUUGGAGACAAUGCUAGGAUUCAUAAAACAUAUGUACACCGCAGAAAUAAGAGACUAAGCACAGUUCUUAACAUAAUAGUUUUAGGAAGUGUUAUUACAGCAGCUGGUGUAGCUAUUGGUCAUAUGUGGGGUGCUAAAAAUGAUUGCACAAUGCAAAGUACACCCUCUGUUAAUAAAAUAUUGUCUAAUUUAUAUAAACUUCAAGAAGAAAAUGCUUACUUGCGUAAUAAAUUAAAAGAGCUGACAUUGAUAAAUAAUUUACAAAUGCAACAAAAAAAGUCUGGUUCAGAAAAAUGGUUGAAACAACACAAAUGUAAAAAAGUUUUUGAAGAGUCAUUGGGUAAUAGAAAUGUUGAGAAAUACACAAAGUGUGUUGAUAUUGAUAAUAGUGCAAAGGUACAACCACAUAUUGUAGAACCUGAUUAUGAAAAAGAUUUUUUAAGUGAUAUAGAGCAACUCAAACUAGUUUAUGAACACAACAAAAGUUGGUUAGAUGAAGAAAUAUCGAAAAGAAACAACAAGAAAAAACAGACGGCUGAUAAACUUAAACAUGAUAUAAUAGAAAACCUAGAGACUAAAACGUUUAAAGAUAAAAAUUUAGAGAGACAAUUGGAAACAAUAACUGAAGCCCCAAAUUUGGAAAAGAUUACAUUAGAAUCACUGAAAAGUAAUUCAUUAAAUGUUUCUGGAAGUAGUAACUUUAAAACAGAAAAGAAAAUAAGUUAUGCUGAUUCACUUCAGAUGGAAACUAAAGGAAAAGUAAUUGACAAAAGGGACAUUAAUAUACAUGAUGAAAAUAUGUUAAAAGAAUAUCCAUAUAAACACAAAGCAAAGAAAAUACGUGACUCAGUUUCUGAAUACUCUGUUAGUGAUGAUGAACUAAAGAAAGAUGAUAGAUAUAUAGCACCGAAGCACAAACAAGAGAGAAAGAAACAUGAUCGUCAGAAAUCACACAAAAAACAAAAAAGAAAAAAUAAAUAUGAGCAAUGGGAAAUGAAGGGGGGGUAUAUAAAAGACUAUGAUGUUUCAUCUAUAUCGUCAUUUCAGGAUAUAGAAAUAGAAAAUAUAUUAAACAAUGAAGAAAAACACAAAAUAAACGAUGAUAAGGAUAAUGUCGGUAAAUUACCUGAGAGUGAUGAAAAUAUCCAAUAUGCAUCUUCUGUCAAAUCUAUGGUAAAAGAAGGGAAAAAGGUUAUAAAAGGUAAAAAUAACAAAGAAAAGGAUACAACUUGGUUUGAUAAUAGAGCUUUACUUCGAAUGGAGGCCAGAAAGAAACUCCAUUUUGACCUUUUUGGUGAAACAAGUCCAAAUACAGCUGGGUGGUAUUUCCGACGCAUGCAACGUCGAGAACAGUGUCGAUCCAAAGGCGAUAACAGUACACAUAAGAAAUUUAUGAAACGUAAUAUGAAUUUUAAAACAAAACAUUAAACUAAAAUGACUUCUAAAUGAAACGAUCCAAGCUAUUACUCUAUUGAUAACAAAUGCAUUAAGUGAACAUAAGAUGGUUAUUUUCCUGUCAAAGACAUAUUCAUCAUCAUAAUUAUUAUUAAAAUGAAUUUUGAAAUAAUUGGUUAGACAUUUUUGGAUCCCAGACAUUACUUGGUAUAUUAAUAAUUUUUGAGUCUGUGCUUAAUAGCUUUAUUGAGGUGUGCUUAAAAUUCAUCUAACUUCGUCAAUUCUCUAUUUCUAUGCAUCUACAUUCUAUUGUGUAGUAUUAUUAAUGUUUAUGAUUACAUUAUUAUCUUUUAGCUUUAAUGUUUGAUAGACAUUCUUUAAAGAUUAAUGUAUUUAUAUAUACUAUACAAAAACAUUAUUUUGUAACUCAUUAUUACUCAGUGAAUUUGAUUAUUGUUAACAACCUUACAUAUUUAAACUGAUAUAUAUUACAUUACAGUUUGAUGUAUCUAUCGGUUAGAAAACAAUGUGGUUAGUGAUGAACUGUAAAUUAUUAUAUUAUUUAUAGUUUUUAAACUUAACAAGUAGCACUUUGUAUAUAUAUUCAAUAACACUAUUUAUAGAUAUGUCCUUGUUGGACUACUGAAGUAUAGACACAGUAUUACAAUAUUUCCCUACAGCAGCACAAGUACCUACGUUGAAAGAUAGCGUCACCUGUGUAGUUUUACUGUUUUAUGUGCACAUACAAUUGUUUAAAUAACUAUAUUAUACAGUAUAAUAUUAUUACUCUUGCCUCGACAGACCUAAAAACAGGUUUAUAUGAGAGCUAUUCUCAAGUACAUAAGUAAGUACCACAAAUAUAACUGUCUGUGAUCAUAUGUUCAGUUAUUUUUAAAAUACAAUUUUCCAGAUAAUUAUAAAAUACUGAUGGUUUUUUUUUAUAAUUAAAAUUCUGUGAUAGCGAACUGAAAAAUUACACAGUAUAUUCAUACUGCGUAACUAUCUAUUAAACAAUGCUUAAAAUUUUGGAUUUUGAUCUUUAAAAAUAUUUGGAAACUUCAAAAGUAAAAAAUGAAGUAAUUGCUAUAUUUUUAGUAGUAUAUUUAUGUGUAACCUACUAUGAUUAACAUUUUAAUUCACUAUUAAAGAGAAAAUAACAUCGACAAACAAUGCAGAUGUCGCUAUGCUAUGUACGCUGAACACAUACUUUAGGGUAUUACAAUGUCAAAUGUAUAGGAUUAUAGCUAUAUCACUUUUGUAGUUAUUGAUGUAUUUUGAAUAUCUUUCUAAAGUUUUGCAAUAUCUAGUAUUAUUUUUGGUAGCUUAAGACUAACCUAGUAAGAUCUGCUCUUGUUUCUAUCCUGUGCAUAGAUAUUAAGCUGUGCCCAACUAGGGAUUGCAAAACUUAUAGCGUUUACAAAUUAUUAUUCUGAUUGGGGCUUUGUCUCUUCUUACCGUCUUUUUAUAAUAAAAUCAUACCCCUUGACCUAUUUUGUAAUAUUAACGACCAACCUGCAGAAAAACGGUGUAGGUACCUUGGAAUUUUACUCAUCGGACACAUCUAUAGUUAAAUAUCAAGUACUAUGGUUUGACAUAAAUUAAUAGAUUUAGAAGUGUUUUAUAAUGAAGUAUAUAUUUUUGUUGAUAAAAUAUAUAUUGGUAUUUCCUCUGGACCAAAAUAGUUUCUAUUGGCCCAAGAAAAUUUUCUUUGAAUUCAAAGUUUUCUCUUAAAUGAAAUGGUUUUUGUUAUAUAAGAAAUAAAAAAAUGAUACUGAUUGAACUGAUAAAGAUUGGCUUUUAGUACUUUGACUUUAUAAGUAUAUAUACUUAAUAGCUUAUAAUUUACACUUUGUCGCCUUUACAUAUUUUAUAUUAGGUGAUAUUUUAUUUUCUAAAUCCAGAAGUACCUAAUAAUAAAUAUAAACUGUUAA